AUGGCUCAGGCUCCUGCGAAUCGUGUUCGUGUGUGGUUGCCGUUUGAGUUAGUCGAAGAGAUACUUUGCAGAACUCCGGUUGAAUCUUUGUUCCGAUUCAAAGAGACGUGCAAGCAAUGGAACGCUCUCAUCAGCAACGACAUAAAAUUCAAGCAAAAGCAUUUGGAUCAUCACAUUCGCACUCCCGAACGAUUCCUAAGAAUCGAUGAUGAUCGUGCGGUUCAAAUCAUGGAUCCGGUGACCGGAAUCCUAAAAGAAAGACCAAUCCCAAACGAUUUUCUUGAUCCGCGUCCGAUUUCUUGGAUGGUUCAUUGUGAUGGACUCAUGCUUUGUAUAUGUGAAGAUUGGGAACGAGGAGGAGGUUACGCUCCUGCGAAUCGUGUUCGUGUGUGGUUGCCGUUUGAGUUAGUCGAAGAGAUACUUUGCAGAACUCCGGUUGAAUCUUUGUUCCGAUUCAAAGAGACGUGCAAGCAAUGGAACGCUCUCAUCAGCAACGACAUAAAAUUCAAGCAAAAGCAUUUGGAUCAUCACAUUCGCACUCCCGAACGAUUCCUAAGAAUCGAUGAUGAUCGUGCGGUUCAAAUCAUGGAUCCGGUGACCGGAAUCCUAAAAGAAAGACCAAUCCCAAACGAUUUUCUUGAUCCGCGUCCGAUUUCUUGGAUGGUUCAUUGUGAUGGACUCAUGCUUUGUAUAUGUGAAGAUUGGGAACGAGGAGGAGGUUACGUCCGUCUCGCAGUUUGGAAUCCGUUUUUAAGGAGAAUCAGAUGGAUCGAACCAUCGGUUGAUUACUGGAUAGAUGAUUAUUUCGGGGUUGGAUACGAUGAUGCAUCUCGUGACAACUACAAAAUCUUGAGGUUUGGUUAUAAUCGGUCGUCUUCUCCCCCUGGUGAUACAAUUAGAGUCUUUGAGAUCUAUGAAUUCAUGUCUGAUUCAUGGAGAGGUAUUAAUGCUGGGUUUGCUGCGGAUCUAUAUGUGGAGUGGGAGUGUGUGUCUGUGAAGGGAAAAAUGUACUGGGUUGCAUAUGAAGAAACUGAUGAACGUUAUUUCAUUCUAUGUUUUGACUUCUCCGAGGAUAUAUUCAAGGACGUAUGCGAUUGUCCUGAGUUUUGGGGCUAUAGUAACCGAUUAGAAUGUUUCAAUGGAGAUAGACUCUCUUUCUUAACACAAGAUGGAGAAGAAUCAAGAGACAUUGAGGUGUGGAUGACAAACAAGUUGAGUGAUGAGAUCGUUUCGUUUGCCAAUUAUUUCAAUGUCACUACUGGCCCUGAUCUAAUUCCGCGGUUACAGUUCCAUGACUUCCACACUCGUCCGGGAGUAGCCAUCGGCAAGCACAGAAAUAUCAUGGCAUGGUGUGAGGCAACUGUAGAAGAAGAAGAAGAUAAGAGGCUUUCUGUCUUCACUUUUUACGAAAUUGAUGAAACUGGUGUCGUCAGGGAAAUUGAGACAAGAAGACGUGGAAGUGAUGACUACAGUGGCCUAUCAAUUUGUAGCUAUGUUUAUGUUCGUAGUCUGAUUCCGGUUCCAGAAUAA